AUGACCGGUGAAGCUGUCAUGUCGUCAGCGCAGGCCAACAUUCCUACCGCAAAAUGUGUCGAGUUGGCGCCUGAAACACCGGUGCACAACCUGCCUAUGGAGUUGCUCUCGAAGAUAUUCUUGAACCUGCAACUCGAGGGGAAGGAGCUUGGGCGAGAGUUUAUGCCCUUCAUUCUGACACACGUUUGUCAACGCUGGAGACAAUGCGCCUGCUCAAUCCCGGAACUGUGGCAUGACAUAGCCGUCACUGAAGAUCGUGACCCCAGCUCUAUCGCCGAGAUUCCUUCAAAGGGCUUCAAUGAAUGCCUGCAAAUUUGGAGAGCAUGCUUUGUCCGCUGCAGCUCUAUGCGGCUUGAACUGACACCGGCGAUGCUGUGCAUGAUAUUCCCGAACCCAAUGGAGCUGCCCGUGCUCGAGUCUCUGGCCUUCAUUAACACCUCCAACACUGCCGCCCCCACGAUCAUGCUGACGCCACGGCUUACUUUCUUCAUCCUAUACAGCUUGGGCCUCAAAGAUUCCGCUGCUAUUAGCAUUCCUCCAUGUCAGCUCACUGAACUAUUCCUUAUGUUAAUGGCGUUCGACUCAUCCACUGUCCAACUCCUCGAAGCGCAAUGCAGUUCGCUAAGGUCCCUGGCCUUGUCGCCGGGGAGUAUCGAUAUGUCUCAGAUGCCUCCCAUCACCUUUCCGGUUCUUGAAAAAGCCAGUCUAUCCUUUGGGAGCCGUGGGUAUGACGUCGUCCUGCCCAAGUUCAUUGCACCGGCCUUGCGAACCCUACACGUCAGCACCGCACACAACUCUGUUUCCCCGCCUCUCAGCGUGGUCCUCCCGACUAUGCUUGCUGCGUCAGGUAGUCAGCUUGAGCACUUAAUCAUUCAAUCCUGUGAUGUCAUCGAACACGAGGAGGAAUUGUAUGGAAUACUGAAGGCGGUUCCGUCGUUGGUCUUUCUCUCGAUACAGGGGGUACUUUUUUGGGACUCCCCGCUGGACGAAGUCCUGCGCGCUCUUGUCCGCAGAGACCCAGCGUCGAACCAGUUCCCCGUCCCGCAUCUAGAGAAGCUAUUCAUCAACAUAGAGACGGCCGCUAUAGACGGGUGCGCGGAUGACGAAGGCUUGUCAGAGGUGCUUGACCUCCGGCGGAAGGCUGAAUACGCUGUGGCGAAACUGGAAAGGGUUGACGUGCAGAUCAGUAGUGGGAUGCCUGAGGGGCCAGCGUCAGGCUGGCACGUCAGGCCGUGGAUCGAAGGUAUCAUCAGGGGGUUCCACUUCGACGAAGAGGAAAAAGAUUCGUUGUUCCAGGAUGCGGAGACGUAUGCUGACCGUUGUUAUAGCAUUCUUGGGAACUUCAUGACAUAG